UAGAAUACUGAGAUGUAGUUCAGUUCGUAAACAAAAUAUAUCCGACGGAAACAAAAAGUAUACGUUUUAUAUCUAUUCAGUAAAUGAGAACGUAACGAUUGAGAGGAAAUAUUUUUCAAUGUUUAAAUUUUUGUGCAAAUAAAGAAUGGCUGUACGAUUAACCACAAAUACAAUACGUUAGAAAUGCGCUAAUAUUUUUUUCUCGUUUAUAUUCCAAAUUUAAUCGGGAUUGGAAAAUUUAAUUGUUUGAUUUAUAUAUUUUCACGGUUUUAGGUACGUUAUAUGCCAUUCAAAAUUAUUCAAAAGAAAUGAAGCAUCAAUCGUACACACAAUUAACAAAUUAUAACAAUAAUUCUCAAGAAACGUAUAGAUUAAAUAAAUUUAAACAAAUAAUACGAAAUUCCUCCAAAACUUCAACUUCCUCUAAUGAUACAUUAACUACAGAAAAGAUGGAAUCUGAGAAAGAGGUAAAUAGCAUAUCGAGCGAUAAUGCACUGAUCCAUAAAAUUCAUCUAACCGAUCAUCCGCUACGCAACAAUGUACCAGAACGAGAAAAGUGUACCGAACUCGACGACAUAUUGGCAAAAUGGAAUGUUUAUAAGCCGAAAAAAUGAUAUUCGUUAAUAUAUUUUUAUAUUAAUAAUCGUGUAUGGCAAUCAUGAGUUAAAUUUUAUGUCGACAUAAAUUAUUAACUCUAAAUUUGUUCAAAUAAUAUGUAAAUUAUGUAAAAUAUUUUAGAAAAUUAGAUAUAAUUUUUCGUAUAGAUCUCAUAAUUAGAAAAAUAUUAAAAAAUUCCCUGCAAGUAUUUCAAGAUGAGAGAUCUAUAGUAAAAUAUAUUUUUAAUUAUAUAAAAUUAUAAAAUUAAUGUAAUUGUGAAUAAUACAAUUAUU